GGCAGUCAAAUUUACGCUUGGAUCUUAGUUGUCACUCACCAACGUUACUAUACAUUAUCUUAACUGCCGGCGGUUGGAUUUCAGUCAGGGUUAUGCAAAUUGCAGAUCCGGCAGAAAUGACCCAAGAAUUCAUUUAUACGUUUUCCGACAAUGACAAUGGCUCCGAUGGAUCUGGUAAUUUUCUCUUUGAGGAUGCUAAUUAUACAGACUGUGAGCCCGAAGAUAAUGACGAUUUAAGAAGAAUAUUCGUGCCUAUAAUCUACUCGGUCAUCUGCGUGAUGGGCGUUAUUGGAAAUGGAUUAGUGGUGCUGGUUAUGGGCUACCAACAAAAGUCACGGACUAUGACAGACAAAUACAGACUGCACCUGUCAGUUGCAGAUCUCCUCUUUGUUUUCACGUUGCCCUUUUGGUCUGUGGACGCGGCUGCAGCUAAGUGGUACUUUGGUGGCUUUUUUUGUAAAGUGAUACACGUGGUGUACACUGUCAACUUCUACAGCAGUGUUUUGAUUUUGGCUUUCAUCAGUUUGGACCGUUACUUAGCAAUAGUGCAUGCCACCAACAGUCAAAAACCAAGAAAGCUCUUAGCAGAAAAAGUGGUGUACGCCUGUGUAUGGCUACCCGCCCUUCUUCUGGCUGUUCCUGAUAUGGUAUUUGCUAAGGUGCGUGAAGAAAAAGAUGGCAGUUUUACCUGUGACCGCAUCUAUCCAGAGCCAGCAGAGACUAGCUUAGCCUGGAUGGUGGCCCACAGAUUUCAGCAUAUUAUCGUUGGACUCCUGCUGCCUGGUAUAGUCAUCCUGACCUGUUACUGCAUCAUCAUCUCUAAACUGUCUCAAUCUAAGGGUUACCAAAAGCGCAGGGCUUUGAAGACCACUGUCAUUCUUAUUGUCACAUUUUUUGCUUGCUGGCUGCCCUACUACGUGGGUAUUUUCAUAGACGCUUUCCAGUUGCUUGACUUGAUUUCUUAUAGUUGUACACUUGAGAUCUUUAUACGUCGAUGGCUCUUGGUUACUGAAGCCCUAGCCUUUUUCCAUUGUUGCCUGAACCCUAUUCUCUACGCUUUCCUCGGAGCAAAAUUCAAAAAGUCUGCGCAAAACGCACUAACAACAGUCAGCAGGGGAUCAAGUCUAAAGAUACUGUCUAAAAAACGAAACGGACUUUCUUCUGUUUCCACAGAAUCAGAGUCUUCUAGCUUCCAUUCCAGCUAGUAAUGACUUGUAACUGAUCUAGCUGCUACAAUUUAAAAGACAUUUUUGUACUCCUAAGAACUUGAGUUUGUCAGAGCACACAGUGAGACGAAGCACUGACUAAUGUUUAUUGCCUAUGUUUUCUUGUUGCCAUUUUAAAUCUGCUGUACUUUUUCAUAUCCGUGUUGUUGUAAGUGGUGUUUUUAUUUAUAUAAAUGUGUAUCUUAAGUUUCCGUGUAAAUAACCUGGUGCUGCUGGCAGACCCUAUAAGCCACUGGUUGCCUUUAUAGGUCUCUCAAGUCGUUAUGUUCUCAGAAUAUAUUUUGUCUUUGUAAAUAUUGUAUAUUGUGUUGCUCUCAUUGUUUGAAUAGGAGUCAACCAUAGUGAUAAUUGAACUUUAAAUGUUUUAUUUUAAGCUUGCUUUAUCUAUUUAUUUUCAAAACGCACUUCAUGAUAAUGUUAAUAUUGGACAAAAGUAACUGUAAAUUUGUAAGUUUACAAAUUAAAUUAAACUGGAUUUAUUAUGUUUGUAACAGUC